AGUUUGACAGAGGAAAACUCACUUUUCCUGAAAUUUGGGAGAAAUGAAAAGACGAAAAAGGUAAUGGAGAGGAGAGGAGAAUCAAAGAUAGUGAAGGGAAGAAGCAAUAAUUGAGAAGCAAUUAACACGCAAGUAUGAGUCACUUUCUUUCUUAUUGUUACUGUUGAAGAGAGAGAGAGAGAGAGAGAGAGAGAGAGGGUCCCGCGAAUUGAAUAAACAUUGAAAGGAAAAAGACUCUGCAACUGGUGAUUUUUUAUGAUGAUGGGUAAUGCGCGACCUAAUUCUAAUUCUAAUCUGAAAAUGAAGCAACGAUUUUUGAGGGUUUUAUACUAUUGCGUCUCUCUGUCUCCGCAACUGUGGCGUCUUCUUCAAAUGCUUCGCUUCAGAUGCAACUGCUUUCCUUGGAAAGGGAACAACAACGUCACUCUCCCUCAAAUCUUUUCUCUUCCCUCUCCGAUUCCCCAAUGGCCUCGACCUGAAGAACAAGGUUUUGCUUCUGGAAUUGUAAACCUUGGCGAACUAGAUGUUUGCAAGGUCACUGGGUUUGAGUUUGUUUGGCACAGCAACAUUGGGAAGCCUGUUGCAUUCUAUAAACCUGUAGGAGUACCAGAUGGGUUCCAUAUCGUAGGACACUAUUGUCAACCUAGCAACAAGCCUUUAUGGGGUUUUGUGCUUGUUGUUAGGGAGGUGGAAACUAGUUCAUCUGAAACAAGAAACAGUGGCAAGUUACCAGCUUUGAAGAAUCCCCUUGAUUAUAUGUUAGUAUGGUGUUCCAAUGCAGGAAGUAAGGAAGUGACAAUUGGUUCUGCUUAUUUUUGGGUGCCCCAGCCUCCUGAAGGAUACAGUGCUCUUGGCUACUUGGUUACUAACAGGCCUGACAAGCCCAAUUUGGAUGAAAUGAUUUGUGUUCGCACUGACCUCACUGAUAAAUGGGAACCUUACCGGCUAAUGCUUGAUGCUGCUUCUGUAAUUCCGGAGUUUCCGUUUCAGGUGUGGUGUUUGAGACCUAGUGACCGUGGUAUGCUGGGGAAAGGAGUUUCAGUAGGGACUUUUUUCUGCACUAGCAGUUGGAACAAGGGAGAAGAGCUACCCGUUGUGUGCUUGAAGAACUUAAAUCCUGUGCUGCCAGAAAUGCCACGCCUCCACCAAAUACAUGCACUUAUAGAGCACUAUGGUCCUACAGUUUUCUUUCAUCCUGAGGAAGUUUACUUGCCUUCUUCUGUUGAUUGGUUUUUCAGCAAUGGGGCCUUGUUGUACCGAAAGGGCGUGUCCAUGGGAGAGGCCAUUGAUUCAUCUGGUUCAAAUUUGCCAGGUGGGGGAACAAAUGAUGGGGAGUUUUGGAUAGAUUUGCCAAGUGAUGAUAGAAGGGAUUUUGUCAAACAUGGGGACUUGAAGAGUGCAAAACUAUAUGUUCAUGUGAAGCCUGCUCUUGGUGGGACUUUUACUGAUAUUGCUAUGUGGGUGUUUUGCCCCUUCAAUGGACCCUCCACUCUUAAAUUUGGAAUUACAAGUAUGGCCUUUAGCAAGGUUGGAGAGCAUGUGUGUGACUGGGAGCAUUUUACACUUCGUAUAUGCAACUUCACCGGAGAGCUGUGGAGUAUAUAUUUCUCACAGCACAGUGGUGGUAAAUGGGUGGAUGCCUAUGACUUGGAGUAUGUUGAUGGCAAUAAAGCUGUUGUCUACUCAUCAAAAAAUGGGCAUGCAAGUUACCCCCACCCUGGAACCUAUAUCCAAGGGUCUUCAAAACUUUGUAUUGGCAUUAGGAAUGAUGCUACUCGUAGUAAUUUGUAUGUGGAUUCUAGUGUUCAAUACGAGCUUGUUGCAGCCGAGUAUCUAGGAGAUGCUGUCACAGAGCCUCAGUGGUUGCAGUAUAUGAGACAGUGGGGUCCUAAAAUUGUUUAUGAUUCAAAAACUGAGCUGGAUAAGAUAAUAAAUGCUCUUCCCCCCAGGUUUAGAAAUCCAUUUGGUAACUUAAUUAAAAAGCUUCCAGUGGAGCUGUAUGGUGAGGAAGGACCUACAGGGCCAAAAGAGAAAAAUAACUGGAUAGGAGACGAAAGAUGGUGAAUUUAUACUAAACUCGUAUACAGAUAUCACAUGGAUUGGUCAAAUCGCCAAGUUCUUUAUCUAGGCCAGAAAUGUUGUACUUUUAUGUUGUACAUUCAUACAGAGAGGGAAAAAGUAAUAUUAUAGUUUUGGGUGGUGCUUCUAUUAUUAUUUAUUGGGAUUAGAGAAGAAGGGAACGAGGUCAAAAUUAGGAUUUGUUGUGUGAAUAUUACACGAGAGUUUUUGUACUGUGUCUGGUGUGGUGUGCUGGCGUGAUUUGUUAUCCAUACCAAAAUAUAAUUGAGCAUCAGUGUAAAUUAUUCAAUGAAAAUUCUUGCACUUUGUAUGUGUUU